AUGGCGAAAUUCGUGGUGUUCUCCAAACGUGUGGAUCCACUCGAAGCGAGAUUGAGAGUGUUCUGUAUAACGCAUGACAACGAAGACAAGACGCUGGAGCAUCAAGAUCACUUUACUGAAGUUGCGGAAAGGCGGGACGUGGAAGUUCUACAAGGAAAAUCUCAGUUUAUAGAGUUCGCUGGCAAUUUGGUGCUGGUAACGAAAAGUGACGAUCACGAGUUUCCGCUUAGGGUUCUCAGAGAGAACCGACUACCCUUUUCGGAUUUAGUUGAUCGGUUUGAAGCGCAUUGCAAACCAAAAACAAACCUAACAGUUGAAAGACACAAUUUUUCAACAAGACGUCAGAAUCCUGAUGAAUCAAUCGACAAAUCUAUGACAGCACUCAAAAACCUGAGCUUCAAAUGUGAACUAGAUAAACUGCGAGAAAGCCUUGUCAGGGAUAUUUUUGUUGUUGGUUUAGGUGCCAAUAAUCGAAUAAUAAAGGAAAGAUUUUUACAAGAGGAUAAUCUAGAUUUAGACAGGGCCAUUAAAAUUGCCAAAAGCAUUGAAAUAAACUCAUAUUCAAGUCCAGGACAUGGAUAUGGUCAAAAUCAUAAUGAAGAGUCGUUCCAAAACCAAUGGGUCAGAGGUAACAAUUACUCAUCACAACAGCAUAAGAUGUUAUAUGCAAUAAUUCUCAGCGUAAAGGACAUUUUGCCAAGUAUUGUUUCAAGAAAAAAUAUAAGAUAUGUUAAUGUAGAAAAUGCUAACAAUCAAAACCAUGGCCAAGACAAUGAUAAUGAUAUGUUUGUGGUAAGAGUAAUAAAUAAAGACAGUCAGUGUCAAAAUUCUAAGAAAGCAUGGAUGUUAGAUUUAAAAAUUAAUAAUUCACUUUUAAAAUGUUAUUUAGAUACAGGUGCAGAAGCCAAUGUAAUGUCUUUUGAAAAAUUUAAAAAAAUAAAUAUUAAUGAAGAUAUUGUUCCUACCAAUGUAAAGCUAACGUCAUUUUCAGCCAAUGCAAUACCAAUUGCAAUGCAAUAUUAA